AUGCUGAAGCUCGGGUACAUCAUCCUCUUCCUCGCACUGCUCAAUGGAGCUGCUCCAGCUCCUUUUCAACAGUACGAGGUCGUCCGAAAGCCGGGAACGGUCACAGAACGACUGGAGAGGCCGUUCCUAGCCAGAGUGAAGAGAUCGAUGCCGAUUGGAAGGAAGCCCGGCGAGUGGGAGCCCGAGAGACUUCUGGUGCUGAUCAACAAUAUCAAGCAGUUCGGAAGCCUGGAACCGUCGUGGAGAGGUACCAAACACCGGUUUUAGCCAGAGUUAAGAGGUCGAUGAUGAGAAAGCCGGCUGAGAUCGAGCACGAGAGGCUCCAGCACACCGCCAAAGUCAAAAGGUCUGCUCCUGAAAGGGAAAUCGUUCCUGUCGUCGAAUCCGGAUCGGAAGCCGCACUCAUAGCCGAGCGGAAAGAUCCCAUGAAGCCGGUCAUCCUCGUUGAUAAUGUCCCUACUCCAAAAUCCGCGCCCAAACCUUCUGAAGAGCCACCCAAAGUAGAGCACAAGCCGGCCGAAGAAACGACGACUCCAGAAAUCCAGCACAAACCUGCCGAGGAACCAGCCAAGCCAACGUCCAGCCCUACAGCCAAGGCCGAACCCAAGCCUAUUGAUGAUUCCCUGAGACCUGCUGCGCAAAAUUAUGCCGAAGGAAAGCCGGUUGAAGAUUCUCCGCGACCUGCUUCUGCCGUUGUUUCUCCUGUUUCCGAUGCGGGACAGAAGCCGAUUGAUGAUUCCCUGAGACCUACUGGACCAGCUCCACCAGCUCCAGCUCAAGACAAGCCUCUUGAUGACUCCCUGAGACCUGCUUCUGCCCUGGAUUCUGCCGUUUCCGGUGCAGGACCUAAGGCUAUUGAUGAUUCUCUGAGACCUGCUGGACCACCUUCACCAGCUCCAGCUCAAGACAAGCCAAUUAUAGGCUCCCUGAGACCUCCCAAGCCUGACCAAGUCAAUGCUCCGAAGCCUCACGAUGACUCCCUGAGACCUGUCAAGUCCCGAUUUUCCAAGUUCCCCUGAACGAAGAUGAGGUCCCGAGCUUGCACUUGGGCCACAAGCCUGCCGGACCGCACUUGAAGACCCCAGAACUAGAGCCCAAGUCUGCGACCGACGAACCCGUCAAGAUGCUCAAGACGAGGUCUCCAGAAGACCACGUCGAAGUGGUCCGCCUCGAGCAGAAGACCUCCCCAAAACUGAAGAUUCACUCCAAAGCCGACGACGAGGAAUUCGUGCAAAUUUUCUUCCCAACGACGAAGAAGGCUCCCGAAUUCCGGCACGAGAUCUUCAUUCCGACGACGUCUUUCUGAGGCCAAUCAUUGGUGGACGACGCGUUCUUUCGACCUCGUCACGACGACGACGGAGCCGCCGUUCUACGACAAGCCGUUCAGCUUCCUCAGGGACGCCUUCCACAGUUUGUCGGACCGGAUCGGGUCGGCUUUUUCGUGA